AAUGAUACAUCCGUCUCUCUCUAGAGGCUAUCGCAAAGAUGACCUUUUAUUAUUCUUGUCAUUCUUAAAGUGUAGUGCGUAGGAGAUGCUCGUUUUGUUAAAAAUAAUAAGGAAAUAAGUGAAAUAUUAGUGAAAAUACUUUUAAAAUGCUCAGAGCCCUCCUGCUAGCGACAACCCUAGUGCUCACACAGCAGCAGCAGGCACCCCUAUCGCCAUGCCCGAACGUGUUCAGCUACGAGCCGCCAGGAACGGAGCCCGGACGGUGGUACGGAGUGGUGAAUCUGUCCACAGACAGCAUACUACAUUCAGUGUGGAUCAAUAUAGUGCUGGACAGCAAAGCUGACAUACUUGGAAACUGGGUCGGCGACGUAACAACCACAGACAACACAGACUUCAAAAUAGAAAACACAAAGAUGAAAAUCCACCCAGGCCCCGCGACCGCCGUACGAUUCUUCGUCCAAUACAACCCUUUAAAUAAGGCCCCAAAAUUGCAAGCCAUACGGCUGAAUGGAAGAGAAAUAUGCAAUGCUAAUAACCCUCAGCCGGCUAUUGAUAGGCCUGAUGAGAGGAGGACGACGGCCAGGCCUUUAAGGCCAGAUGAUUCUCAGUCCAGGCCUGUACAAAGGCCAGAUGAUUCUCAGUCCAGGCCUGUCCUAAGGCCAGAUGACUCGUCCAGACCUGUACUAAGGCCGGAUGAUAUUCCUCAGGCCAAGCCGGUACACGGGCAACAGACGGGGGCAGGGCCCGUGUAUUCGUCGACGCAGGGACCACCGCAGAACCCGGUUAAUCUUAAUAUCGGUGGUGGCCAAAUCCCAGCCCAGAGCGUUGGCACGCAAACCAGCUUCGGUACCAAUACCGGUACCGGUUCCAGCUUCGGUUCCAAUACCGGUACCGGUUCCAGCUUCGGUAGCGAUACCGGUAGCUCAAGCUUCGGUACCAAUACCGGUAGCUUCAGUACUCAGACUGGUAGCAGCUUGAACGAUGACAGAAGGAGACCGGACAACGGGUACCGGCUGACUACAGCGGUACCCAUGAGGACCACAACUACGAGUAGAUACGACGAUGAUGAUGAUGGGAACGACUAUUUCUCAGGCGGGCAACCUACGUUCAUCGUCCCAAGCAGGCCUAACAACAACAAUAACAACUAUAACAAUAACAAUAGAGGGCAGGCGGAAUGUGGCAAGGUGGUGCGUAACAACCCCAACCCGCUGGUGGUGAACGGUCGGCCAACUCUGGAGGGGCAGUGGCCGUGGCAAAUAGCGUUAUACCAAACACAGACGGUUGACAAUAAGUACAUCUGCGGCGGGACCCUGGUAACGCGCAGCCACGUGAUCACAGCCGCUCACUGCGUUACGCGCAAGGGCUCCAGUCGCGUGGUCAACCAGAACACCCUUACUGUGUAUCUAGGAAAACAUAACCUUAGAACGUCGGUGGAGGGAGUGCAAAUUAAAUUGGUCUCGGAGAUUCGAGUACACCCUCAAUACAACGCGUCGUCCUACAGCCGGGACGUCAGCGUACUCAAACUUAGGGAGAGAGUCACUUACAGCGACUUCGUUCGCCCCGCGUGCCUCUGGCCCGACAACGAAGUAGAUCUGACGAAUGUCAUAGGGAAGAAGGGAUCGGUGGUAGGCUGGGGCUUCGAUGACAAGGGCGUGGCCACCGAAGAGCUGACCCUCGUCGAGAUGCCCGUGGUAGACCAGGAGACCUGCAUCAGGUCUUACAGCGAGUUCUUCGCUCGCUUUACUUCAGACUACACUUACUGUGCCGGUUAUAAAGAUGGUAUGUGUAAUACUGAAACAGGCACUAGGAAAAGCAGCUCAGUAUGCAACGGCGACAGCGGCGGCGGCAUGGUGUUCCUAAUGCGAAACUCCUGGUACCUCCGCGGGCUCGUGUCGCUGUCCGUCGCGCGACAGAACGAGUACCGGUGCGACCCGACGCAUUACGUCGUGUUCACGGACUUGGCCAAGUUCCUGCCGUGGAUCCAGCAGAAUAUUAGCGACGAAUAGUUAAGCUUAACAAUACUAGUAAUUGCUUGUUUAAAUGUAAGUCCGUUUGACCGUUUGACCAGCAAAAACGUCCAGUGGCGUAGCAUGAACUAAUCUAGGCGUGGGCGAAGUCUCAUCUGCAAGACCCUUUUCUUUCACUGUGGGCCUCCCUUAGGGCGCGAGGACGUGGGCGAUAGCCCACUUCGCCUACGCCUAGCUACGUCACUGAAGACGUCAACUGACACGCGCGGCAACAAGCGAAUGUCAACCUUUGUGUAUAAAGUUCACGAUGAUGCGUCGGACACGAUAGGCGUGGCGUUCAAAGGUUUAAGUUCACGCUCUUGCAAAGUGGAAAACCUCCUAAAAUAGUCCAGAAUAGCAAUAAUUUUCUCUCAAUACUGAUAUUGUUUUUUUUGUUGUCGAAGUUGGAGAUGGAGUUUUCAGUAGGACCAAAAAGUAACUAAAUAAAUACCUAUGACAAUUGGCGAAGGAUUAAAAAAUGCCCUUCUUUUGGAGUAGGUAGGUACAGUCGCCAUCAGAUAUAUCGGAGCGGCCAUGGUGCUCACAAAUAUCUGAGCACGCCUCUAUUGUCAGGGCGUUAGAGUGCUUGUUCAGAUAUUGUGAACAUCUUGGCCGCUCCGAUAUAUCUGAUGGCGACUGUACGUGACGUGACGGGUGGGCCAUGUCUUAGCUAUAGCUGAUUGAUAUUGCCAUGUUGGUUAGUUUUUAAAUAGUGCGUUAUCUAAGAAAUUCUGAACAAACAGCACAUAAUUUGAACUAAGUAUUUACUAUAAUUACCUAUUGCCUAUAAUUUCAUUUUAUGUUUACAAAGUUUCGGUCGUGUCGCAAAAGCUAAGGUUCCAAAAGGAUACAUGGGGCGAGACGAGACUAAUUUAUAUUUAUAUAGGGCAUUCUAGAACUGUCGGGUUCCUUACGCUAUAAUUUUGACACUUAGUUAAGAAGCCUAUAUUUGGGAUGAUAACGUUUGAUAAUUUAGCUUUUAAUUCAACGGUAUAUAACGUCACGUUCCUGAUAAAGUAGACCUUUUUAUUUUCGUGUAAUCCCCACCUAUUCAUAUUUACUAAAAAGGUACAAACUCAUGUUAUAUCUUGUGGAUUAUCCAGAAAAUUUAAUCAAGCUUUCGAACUUUUUGAUAAUUUUCCGUAACUUACACAUUGCACAAGUAUACACAGCUACCAAUAAUAUAUAUAGCUGAGUAAUGUGCAAGCUACGGAAAAAUACGGUAUAGUCUUGGGUCGUCCCAUUAAAUUAGUCCUAUUCUGUUUUCGUCACUCAUUCUACAUUGAAAGCCACCGACGAUUGGAACGAAUGCAGAAUGAGUCACGAAAGCAGAAUAGGACUAAUUUAAGAACUUGACGAAAAACGAAUGGGACGACCCAAGACGAUACCAAAAAUACUAAGAGAUAUCAAAAAGUCCGAAGAAUUAACUGGUAGAGUAUUUUCUGAAUAACUCACAAGAACAGGCGUGCUUUUAAUUUAAGGUUUCGUUCUACAAUACAAAGAGCCAGGAUGUCUUCCGAAAAUAUUCCAAUUGGGAAAUUUUCGGCACAUCUGUUGAUGAGUAAAAGUUAAUACUUGAGGUCGAUUCAAAUUCAACAAUUUGUAAUCAUUUUGUGCUGGUUUUGAUACGACCUUGCCGAUCGUUUGUGAUCAAUAUAAGCGAUCAAGAUCGUAUCAAAAUAGGAUCAAUACCCUAAAAAAUUUUUAUAAUGAAUCAGGUUUCUUGUACGAACCUCAUAUCUUUGAAAUUAUCGUUAUCUCUUUUAUAAAAUGAAUAAUGUGAACCGAAUGUGAUUUAAGUAUUUUACACUUCAGUAAUCAACGAUACAAGCCUUAUUAGCAGUUUUAAUAUUCCUACGUUCGAGUGUAAAUUUUUAAUAAAUCUUUUUAUGCCUAUUAAGAGUUGCAGCAAAGUGAAUAAUACUUGAAGCCGCUACAUUUAACAACUUGUUACGGUUUGGACUUUACUUUCCUAGGGGUCAUCCAUUAAUUACGUCACACGAAUUUCUAGGUUUUUUGACCCCUCCCCCCUCCUUGUCACACUUGGUCACAUUUGGCAAACCCCUCCCCCCUAGUGUGACGUCACAUUUUUUCUACGAAAUCGCCAAAUCGAAUUAAGUAAGUACCUAAGUAUUAUUAAUAUUUUAUCAAAAUAUUUUUGACGAUAUAAAUAUUAGUAAUUUUAUAACCCAAAACUGCUGGAAAGAAAAUUAAACGAAUAAAAACGAUUAUCGUUUUAAAAACUUGUUAUUUAAAUGUACAGCGAAUAAAAUAUUAAUUUAAAUAAAUUUUCGGUUACUGAUGAAGUUAAAGUGACGUCACAAAGUUUGUGUCUCCCCCAUCCCCCAUGUCACAAUAUGUCACAUUUUCUUGAACCCUCCCUCCCCCUAAACGUGUGAUGUAAUUAAUGGAUGACCCCCUACGACCCGAUUGGUGCAUGCGAUAUAAUUGAAAGUCGUGAUGAUGAUGUCGUAAAAUGCACGCCAAUCACCAAGGCGAUCGUCAUGUCAAAACCAGUUCAUGCAUGUACGGUCUCGACUGAAACUAUCGAUACGGACAAAGAGCCAUAAAUAUGUAUAUCCUACGUUAGUAUAUGGGCAUUAAGUCGUGUAUAUAUAUUUUUGGCUCUUUUUUCGUAGCGUUUUUUAAGAUGUGACUGUACCUACCAAGUUGUUAAAAUGAAUCGGGCUCCUAGUUUUUUUUACUCCAGAUGCUAAAAUGUCAGUUCGAUUGUAGUACACAAUCGUAACUUUAGUACAAAAUCGUUGUAAAAUCAGUUUCCGAAAAGUACAUUGACCAAUAGCCUCCUAAGACCCAGUCAUUUUUGCACUUUUGAAUUUGGAACCUUCUUUUAUUUCAUUCACUAUAUUUCAGAAUUCGAUUUUAUGUUGGUCAAGCAGAUCUUGUCAGAAAAAGGCGGCAGUUUUGAAAAAUGUAGGGCGAAGGGAUAUCGUCUCAUAGAAAAUUUGAAUUUCGCGCCUUUUUCUACUGACAAGAUUUGCUUGACCGUCUAUAAUUUGUUAUUUUUAAAGGAACUCAGGACUUUCAAUUAGGAGGAUAGAAGUUUCAUUUUGUAUCUGAGAUAUAAAAACAGAACUUAGGAAUCUCCGACUUAUGUAUUUUGCUCAAUAUUGUGCCAAGUUAAAACAGAGCCAUUUAUUGUUGGAUAUUUUUUCUUUAAGUUAAAUACUUGUGUUUAGGAUUCUGCUCUCUAGAGUCAAAUCUAAUAAAUGUGACAUGAAAUUUUCAAUGUGACUAAAAUAAUAUUGAGAUUAUAUUAUAUAUUUUUUACAAA